GACCCUUCUUACUCAUGGAGAAAAGUGGAAGACUGUACUGCCUGGCUGGGAAUUUCUAGUGGCUCAGAAAGAAGAUGAACUGGCCCCAUUCCUACAUCUUCUUUUGCUGGAUUUACUUUGCUACCUCCAGACUGAGGGCUGUAGAAACAGCAGAUGGAAAAUAUGCUCAGAAGUUGUUUAGAGACCUUUUUGAAGAUUAUUCCAAUGCUCUUCGUCCAGUAGAAGAUACAGAUAAAGUCCUAAAUGUCACACUACAGAUUACACUUUCUCAGAUUAAGGAUAUGGAUGAAAGAAAUCAAAUUCUGACUGCCUAUUUGUGGAUCCGCCAAAUCUGGCAUGACGCAUACCUCACAUGGGAUCGAGACCAGUAUGAUGGACUGGACUCCAUCAGGAUCCCCAGUGACCUGGUGUGGAGGCCGGAUAUUGUCCUGUAUAACAAGGCAGAUGAUGAAUCUUCUGAGCCUGUGAACACCAAUGUGGUCCUGCGGUACGAUGGGCUGAUCACCUGGGAUGCACCAGUCAUCACCAAAAGCUCUUGUGUGGUAGAUGUCACCUACUUUCCCUUUGAUAACCAGCAGUGUAACCUGACCUUUGGUUCCUGGACUUACAAUGGCAAUCAGGUGGACAUAUUCAACUCCCUGGAUAGUGGAGACCUCUCUGACUUCAUUGAAGAUGUAGAGUGGGAGGUUCAUGGCAUGCCUGCUGUGAAGAAUGUGAUCUCCUAUGGCUGCUGCUCUGAGCCUUACCCGGAUGUGACAUUUACUCUCCUUCUGAAGAGGAGGUCCUCAUUCUAUAUUGUCAACCUCCUCAUCCCAUGCAUCCUCAUAUCUUUUCUGGCUCCCUUGAGUUUUUAUCUCCCAGCAGCCUCUGGAGAAAAGGUCUCCCUGGGAGUGACCAUCCUUUUGGCCAUGACUGUAUUUCAGCUCAUGGUGGCAGAGAUCAUGCCAGCCUCAGAAAAUGUCCCUCUGAUAGGCAAAUACUACAUAGCCACGAUGGCCUUGAUCACAGCCUCCACUGCCUUGACCAUUAUGGUGAUGAAUAUCCACUUCUGUGGGUCCGAGGCCCGGCCAGUGCCACACUGGGCCAGGGUGGUCAUCCUGAAAUACAUGUCCAGGAUCUUGUUUGUCUAUGACGUAGGUGAGAGCUGCCUUAGUCUCCACCAUAACAAGGAGCGGGACUGCAUCAUGAAGGUUUAUGGCAAACUUCCAGAGCCUAAUCUAAAAACAGCCAGGUACAAACACCCUCCCAGGAAGAAGGAAAUGAACAAACUCUUAAAGAAUGACUUGGAGUACGAGGGUGAGAACCAGCAGGAUGGUGGUAGUUACUGUGCACGGUACAAAGUAUUGACAAGGAAUAUUGAAUACAUUGCCAAAUGCCUCAAAGACCACAAAGCCACCAAUUCGAAGGGGGGUGAAUGGAAGAAAGUUGCAAAAGUCAUAGACCGAUUCUUCAUGUGGAUAUUUUUCAUUAUGGUGUUUGUGAUGACCAUUUUGAUCAUAGCAAGAGCAGAUUAGUGGG